AAAGGCGACCUCGUCCCUAUCUGCACGGUGGAGGCGCGUUGGUCGAAGGGAAGAGCGGGAUUCAAUUUCAAACCUCGGCCACAGAGAACUCGCGCCACCGGAUUGGGCGACGCGAUUAAAAAAACCGGAUAGAGAUUGAAAAAAAUAAAUAAAUACGUCAAAGGUCGCGUAGUCGCUCAUUUGGCGCCGAAAAAGAGACAAGUGCGUCCUCGCUUGAUUUCUUUGACUAACGACGCCGGGUUCAGGUGCGGUGUGUAAUCCUGUUCCAACUGACCUAUUCGACGCCGAUUUUGUCCCGCGGGGAAAAACAUGCCGAGGUCCAACAGGCAGCGGGAGUACAAACCCGGAGACCUGGUGUUCGCCAAAAUGAAGGGCUACCCGCACUGGCCCGCCAGGAUUGAUGAGUUCCCAGAGCGAGCAGUGAAGUCGCCCUCCAACAAGUACCAGGUGUUCUUUUUCGGGACGCACGAGACGGCAUCCCUCGGGGCCAAGGACUUGUUCCCGUACGACGAGUGCAAAGAGAAGUUCGGGAAGGCCAACAAGAGGAAAGGCUUCGCCGAGGGCCUCUGGGAGAUUGAGAAUAACCCCACCGUCACGCAUGAAGGCUACAAGUCGUCAAAGAAGGACGAUGCGUCUGAAGAAACCGCCGGUUCGGAGAAAGCCGACGCGGAGGGCAGCAGCGACGAGGACGAGGGCGCCCUGGUCAUUGACGAGAAGAACGACAGGGGGGGAAGUAAACGCAAGGCGAAUGAGUCGGCGGAGGUGUCGCCCAAGAGGCCGAAGGACGCGGAGGCUGAGGGUGCUUCCGACGUAGACAACGCCAAGACGGAGGGCAAGGUCAACGACGUGGCCGCACCCAAGGCGGGCGAUAAGGACGACACCGCACCACCAGGGAAGCAAUCAGCGGAAAAGGCUGUAACAGAGAGCGCUUAACGUCAACCCCUCAAGACAAAAACCCGUCGAUGCUUCUCACCUGCAACGGAAGCGCGGACACCCUGACAUGCAGGAAGCCAGAUUUCACAAGUUCAAUUAAUAUUUUCAACAACAACAACAAAAAUGUUUGUAUUGGGAGACAAACAAAUGUUCAUUUGUCAAAUUGGGAUAUCAUAUAUCCCAAUAGUAAUAAUAGCGAUCAGAUAUCAAAACCAAUUGAGCUGUUGAGGGCUCGUUUAUAAAUGGGGAUUUUGGUGUGUACAUAUUUUUUAUUUCCAAGUGCAAUUAAAUAAUUACACGGCGUGAAUGCCAGGUGUCAAACAUAAAUAGACGACAAAUAAGCAAAAAGGGGGAGCUCAAGAUUUGAAAAUACUCUUGUUUAGAGAUCUCCAAUUCUGGAUAUUGUAAUAUUGUAUAUGAUAAGAGGAAAACAUUUUCACUCAUGCUUACAGCUUUAAAUUUAAGUGUUUUACUGCUGGUUGUUUUGCAUUAGCUGCUCGACGUCCUACAUGAAAAUGUGGAUUCUUAAGUUUCGAUCCCGUUUACGUAGUCGGUCGGGGUUUCCCAAAGUAUAUAUCACGUAUUGCCAUCACAUCGACAUACAGCUGUAUAUAAACAAAAAAAAAUUUGCAUUUACUACAAAACGUUAAUUUAAAAAAAAAAAAACUACUUCAAAUAAAUCAUGAAUACUCUUGACAAUAGGUGUCUAUUUUGUGUUUGGGAAACCCUGCUGUUCAACAUAGUCUUGUUCAGUGUACGGUGGUAUUUGAUUGCUUACUUUUGGUGGUGGUGUGCUCGUUGAGGGUGCCCACGUGUGAUUAAUAUAACAUCUGGUUGUGUAUUGAAUAUAUUAUAUAAAUAUAUAUUUAGACCCCGUCUGAGAGCGACAAUUUUAGCGUUUAGAUAUGUUACUACUUCAGAGGAUUGUGUGUCAUAGUCGGAAGCAGAAAAGACAUUCCCGCAUGCUUGGCCCUGUUAGCGUGUAGCCCAAUUAAACCAUUUCAAACGUUGACACAUCAAGUUCAUCUUACCUCCAUUCAAUAUGAUUAUGACCACAAAAAAAAUAAUGUGUUGAUGAUGUCAUUGUGAACAUUUGACUUCAUUGCAUUUGACUGUCCCAGUUUGGUCAGCUUUCACGUGUACAGUAUUUCCUCAAAUAGCGAACUAGUUGACCAAGUCCACACUUCUCUCAAACUGACUGGUCAGGAGUAGAACAACAAAAACUACUGUAAUUGUAAUUAUUUAGUUCAUACUAUUUACAUGGACACUCGAUCGCAUUUGAACUCCAUUGCUAACCAAAAUAGCAGCAUGUAAACGCGACUCAAGAGUGUAGUCUUGGCAAGUAUUUUAAAUGUUGGCAAUCUGAGCGUUCCGUGUGGUGGCUCCACAAUGUUGUGUGCGGCCAUGUUCAAAUCCCACGGUUUGUUAGUCCAGCUUGCCUAAUAGCCUAAUUAUUUAGCUUUAAAGUCCACUUUCACUUGGCAUACGUUGUAAUAUAUUCCACAAGUGCACCUCCACCAUUUGCAGUUGAGGAAGUAAAAACCUCACCUUGGCAACUAUUUGCAGAAAUAUGGUAUAUGAGCAUACAAGUGUUUUGGUUUAGAUAGUGAAGCAUCUGUUGAAAAAUUUUUGUUUUAAAAAAACAUUAUUUUUUUCAUCUCUCCAAAAUUGCUUAACUGGAAUCUAAGUCCCCCCCACCCCCACUGUAGUUAUGUACAAGUCUUAUGUUGAACAACAGUGUGAUGUUUUAAACAAGAGUGUUUUAUUAGUUUGUUCAAUGUGUGACAUCGUCGUUUCCCCCCCCCCCCCACAUGUAUCUCCCGCAAUGUGUGACCGCUGGGAGCUGGCGAAGUAAAAGAACAAAAAAAUGUAAGCGUGUAUAUAAUGUGGUCAAUAUGUGACCUUGACACACAUCAUGCAUCAACGUUCCACACUGCAGUUUAAAAGUAAACAGCAAAUUGAUUUGUUCUCUGA